UGACAGUUCUUUAAGGCUACAAGUGUUUCUAAAGAUGCUUAUAUUUUUUCAGGUUGCUCUAUUUUUUGCUGUUUUUAAAAUAAUAUUAUCAUUACCUGAUGAUAUUGAAAAAUGUAGAAUGAAUGAUGAAGAAUGUCUCAUCAACUCAUCAAAUAAGGUCAUAAACAAAUAUACUGGAGGAAUUAAUGAGAUUGAUUUUCCACAACAUAAUCCAUAUUUGAUUGGCAAAUUUCGAAUAAAGCAUGACUUUGGAGCUUUGCAAGCAGAUGGAACAAUAUACGAUAUUAAAGUUUUUGGAUUCAACGAUUCAACAUUUCUAAAGUUUUCAGGGUUUGAUAAAAAUGUUUUAGAAAUUCAUUUUAAAAUGCCAAAAUUUUCACUUUCUGGAUUUUAUAAAGCAAAUGCGAAAGUUUUAGGUUUUCAUAUUAAUGAUGAAGGUCCACUGACUCUUAACUUUUAUGAUUUCAUCGUAAAACUAACAUUCCAACUUGAGCGUUACACUCGAAAUGGGAAGGAAUACUUUAGAGUUACUAAAACAGACAUUUCCUCAGAUUUGGACACUGGAGACUUUGAAGCACCUGAAGUAAGCAAAGUUAUAAUAUGGUCGUUAAACAAAAGCUUCAAUCUUUUAAUGAAGAGCAGCAUGAGAUCUUACGCUGGUGAUGAAUUUGGAUUCUAUUAUGAAAAAACUUUCAAUUCUGUGUUCACAAAAGUUCCAAUUGAAGACUUAUUUUUGAUGUAAAUUUUACAUUUUUAUUAUUUUGUUUAAGAAUUCAUUGAUUCAAAUUAAUAA